GUCCUAACUCGUAUACACUCUAUUAUUGCUACUUCCUUCCUUGCAUCAAUCUGUACCAAUAAAAAUAGGAGGGAGAAUAUUGGAGAAGAGAGAAAGCGUGGAAUGCUGAGAUCUUGUGGUAGAAUCAAUACGAAAGUUUAGGGGAGAAGUUGGGUUGUGUAUAUGGGGGGUAGUAGUACAUUUGUUGAUGGAGUUCUUCGAUGGUUUCAUCAUCGUCGUCACACUAAUGAAGAUGCAAUCUUGACUCAAACCCACAAUUCUACAGAUACCCAUUUACAAGAAAAACAACACGAAUUUACUAUUACUGAAGACUUUGACUUCACCGGUUUAAAGCUCAUCAAAGUACCCAAGCGUUUUCAUUUGCCUAUUUCUUCUUCUUCUUCUUCCAUGGAUCCUACCAAAAAGAAUGCGUUAGAGACGGAAUUCUUUACUGAAUAUGGAGAGGCAAGUAGAUACCAAGUUCAGGAAGUAAUUGGCAAAGGAAGCUAUGGAGUUGUGGGUUCUGCUGUUGAUACACAUACUGGUGAAAGAGUUGCAAUCAAGAAAAUUAAUGAUGUCUUUGACCAUGUUUCUGAUGCGACAAGAAUCUUGAGAGAAAUUAAGCUUCUUCGGCUACUUAGGCAUCCAGAUAUCGUAGAAAUAAAGCACAUUAUGUUGCCUCCUUCUCGAAGAGAGUUUAAAGAUAUUUAUGUUGUUUUUGAAUUGAUGGAAUCUGAUCUCCAUCAAGUAAUUAAGGCCAAUAAUGAUCUUACACAUGAGCAUUAUCAAUUUUUCCUCUACCAGCUUCUGCGUGGACUAAAAUAUAUUCAUACAGCAAAUAUCUUCCACAGGGAUUUAAAGCCGAAAAAUAUCCUUGCUAAUGCUGACUGUAAGUUGAAGAUAUGUGAUUUUGGGCUUGCUCGUGUAUCAUUCAAUGAUGUGCCAUCAGCUAUUUUCUGGACCGAUUAUGUUGCAACUCGAUGGUAUCGUGCUCCUGAGCUAUGUGGAUCCUUCUUUUCUAAGUAUACUCCUGCUAUUGAUAUAUGGAGCAUCGGAUGCAUAUUUGCAGAGUUGCUUUCUGGAAAACCAUUAUUUCCUGGAAAGAAUGUGGUGCAUCAAUUGGACCUAAUCACAGAUUUGCUUGGGACACCUCCUCCAGAAACAGUUGCAAAGAUAAGAAAUGAAAAAGCUAGAAGAUACCUCAGUAGCAUGCGGAAGAAACAACCGGUUGGGUUUGCAAAAAAGUUUCCAAAUGCAGAUCCUUUGGCAUUACGCCUACUUGAACGACUGCUUGCAUUUGACCCUAAAGAUCGGCCAUCUGCAGAAGAGGGAUUAGAGGAUCCUUAUUUCCAUGGUUUAUCAAAUGCUGAUCGUGAACCAUGUAGACCACCAAUAUCGAAGCUUGAGUUUGAAUUUGAGAAGAGGAAACUGGCAAAAGAUGAUGUUAGAGAACUCAUAUAUCGCGAGAUUUUAGAAUAUCAUCCGCAGAUGCUUCAGGAGUAUCUUUCUGGUGCAGAUCAGACUAGUGGCUUUAUGUACCCAAGUGGUGUUGAUCGAUUCAAGCGACAAUUUGCACAUCUUGAGGAGCAUGCUGGUAAAGGUGAACAUAGUGCUCCGAUUCUGAGGCAGCAUGCUUCCUUGCCUAGAGAGCGAGUACCUGCACCAAAAGAUGACACCUCUUCCCAAAAUAAUGAUUGUGAAAAGAGAACUGUUUCAACAACUCUACAGAGUCCACCAACGCAAUCUGAGGGAUCAGAGAACUACAGUGCUCGUAGCUUGCUGAAGAGUGCUAGCAUCAGUGGUUCCAAGUGUGUGGAAGUAAAAAGAAAAAACGCAGAGGAAGAGCCAAUCGAAGAACAAAAUGAAGAAGUUGAUGGUUUGUCUCAAGAAGUUGCUUCUCUUCAUGUUUAAUUCUCUGCAGAAAUCAACAUUUUGAAGUUUCAGUCCUUGAUUUCAGCUAGAAGCUAACUGUAGGUUAUCAGUUCCUAUUGUGUUAUAAAAUAUUACUUGCUAUAUAUAGUAGGAAAACACUCCAGCUAUUCAAAUUUUCUCAUUAGAUUACAAGGUUUGAAAUUUGUAACGAUUUCAUAAACACUACUUCCUCUACCCUAACUAACAGAGUCUUUCUUAAAUAUCGUUCAUUGUAUGCCCGUGUACUUUACCUGCGUGUUGCGUGGAUAAUAUUGAAGAGAACA